CGGAACACUACCACCGUCCACUCCUCCCAAUCAGACGUCACUGUGGAACCCGGCAACCCGCGCAAUUGGCACCUGUUAGCUGCCGUUGAAUAUGAACAUUCCCUCCAAACCGACAUCGCAACCUUAGCUUCGGAAAAUCGUUGGCGCCUAGGAAUUAGAAUCUGUUGUUAUGCAGGAUGAUCAGGAACACAAUCGGCUGACUGAUAAUGGUGCAUCAAUAUGUAAUGGAACAGAAAUCCUUUUACAGGCCUUUAACUGGGAAUCUCAUAAACAUGACUGGUGGAAAAAUUUAGAAAGUAAAGUUCCAGAUAUUGGAAAAUCUGGAAUUACAUCAGCAUGGUUGCCGCCAGCAACUCAUUCUUGUGCCCCGGAAGGCUACCUCCCCCAGAACAUAUAUUCCCUUAGUUCUAAAUAUGGGUCUGAGGACCAAUUAAAAGGUUUACUUGAAAAAAUGAAGCAAUGUAAAGUUAGACCAAUGGCUGACAUUGUUAUCAAUCAUCGUGUUGGGACUACCCAAGGGCAUGGUGGAAUGUACAAUCGUUAUGAUGGAAUUCCCCUGUCAUGGGAUGAACAUGCCGUCACAUCUUGCACUGGUGGACUGGGGAAUAGAAGUACCGGAGACAAUUUUAAUGGGGUUUCAAAUAUUGAUCAUAGUCAACCUUUUGUUAGAAAGGAUAUUACUGCAUGGCUACAGUGGCUUCGCAAUACUGUUGGUUUUCAGGAUUUUCGAUUUGAUUUUGCCAGGGGUUAUGCAGCUAAAUAUGUGAAAGAGUAUAUUGAAGUAGCAAAACCAAUUUUUUCUGUUGGGGAGUUUUGGGAUUCUUGCAACUACAAUGGUGAUGGCUUGGACUACAAUCAAGACAGCCACAGACAGCGGAUAAUAAAUUGGAUUAAUGGCACAGGACAGCUAUCAACUGCAUUUGACUUCACAACCAAGGGCAUUCUUCAGGAAGCUGUCAAGGGACAACUAUCACGUCUGCGUGAUCCCCAAGGGAAGCCGCCAGGUGUAGUUGGAUGGUGGCCUUCAAGAGCUGUCACAUUCCUAGAUAACCAUGACACAGGCUCAACACAGGCUCACUGGCCAUUCCCUUCGAAUCAUAUAAUGGAGGGUUAUGCUUAUAUACUCACUCACCCUGGAAUACCUUCGGUCUUCUAUGACCACUUGUAUGAUAGGGGUGAUUCCAUACAUGAUCAGAUUGUGAAACUGAUUCACCUUAGAAAGCAGAAAGACAUUCACAGCCGAUCAUCUAUAAAGAUCCUGGAGGCCCAGCCGAACCUCUACGCUGCUAUAAUUGGGGAUGAAGUGUGCAUGAAAAUUGGAGAUGGUUCAUGGUGCCCAGACAAGAGGGAGUGGACGCUGGCAACCUCUGGCCAGAGAUAUGCUGUUUGGCACAAGUAACUAAGACGGUUCAUUUCCCAUAAUUGUUCAUAAAACAAAAUAGGAUUGGUAGUUAUGAUUGUCGGGAUGAACUGGGGAGCUGAUCAGCCAACUGGCGGUUCAGUGCUCCAUAUAGCUGCUGCUGCUACAAUAUAUGAAGAAGAAUUCUAGCCCGUUGCUUUUUCCGUCAUAAUUUCAUGAAGUGGCUUGAACAUUCUUCCCCACAGCGCAUUAGCGAGUCGACUUGACAGGUGCAAGUCUGAUGCUUUCCAGUUCCGAAUCCAAUUCUUCUUUUUUUUACAUAUAAUUUACAAUUAACUCAAAACCAUCUGUUAUGUUAUUCACUUAUUCUACAAGAUGGUAUAGUUGCAACAUAGAGGCCUAAAAAGACCUGUUUAUCUAUCUUUAACCAACCUACGGUGCAAAAAUAGUGAUACAAAAUGGCAGUAGGGUUACAUCCUUGUUAAAAAUCAUUUCACAACUGAUCCAGGGUAGAGUAUAAUCCCUCAUUGGUUGUACCACUAAUUCAUACGUACCCAAGAAAACUCCACUGUUACAGCAAUGUUGACAGAUCCAAUUUAUGGACCAAAGAUAGAUCAACAAACAGAUCCAGGCAAGACUUUAACGGAAGAAAGA